CUUGACCUCAUAUACUUAAUUGUGAAGAAAAAUCAAGGAUAUGUUGGUCAAAAGUGUACGCAGAACAUUUUCCCGACGUUACAUGUAUAGGUACUGUAUUAGCGAAUCAGCCAACCUUUAAAUUGGAGAUUAUAGAAUUGUGAGCAAAAAAGUGAAGCCGAGUAUUCAGCCUGUUUUCUCGCGUUCUCCCACGAUUGAUGGCAAUUGAACGAAGCUCUAAGGCGAAUCACGGAUAGGCGAGGUGGGGGAAUAUUACUCUUGAACGGUCGCAAGACUGGACGUAUACUUAUUGUUAGUUGACUGUCUUCCGCAUCACAGGCAAGUUUAUUCUAUUCCGCAGAGAUUCGGAGAUUUUGAAUAUUGCAAUCGACGCCGAUACGAGGCGGUCUAAUCGGAAGUUAUCUACUGCUAUUCAAAUCGAGUCGCAUAUCGGUCAAAUUUGGAAGUGAUACCUAUUUGAUUGAAAGGCAAUGGAAGAUACACGGAGAAAAAUGACAAAACGAGUGUUUACAGAUCGCGGUUAAGCAUGUGAUUUUGUUUAUAAAAACGUUGUACUAGUGGUCAAAGGACAUCGAUAGUCGAGUUCUAUUUCAAGGGUAUUAAUUUGAUUUUUCAAUCAAAAAUACAACCAACUCACACAUGCGAAGGUUCUUCGGUAUAUUCAAAGGGACCUGACUGACUCAUUACCUCAAGUACGAUGAGAUACAAAGUGAACGACCCGGAGAAUCAUGCUGGGCAAACUGAACUCACCAGACAAGCAUCCAACGCAUCGUGGCAAUACAAUAGGAAUGCAGAUACGAUGAAAUCGAGGUCAAAAGAAGCGAUACUGAUUCUAGUCGCGGGGCUGUUGACUGUGGCCGUUAUCGCACUCGUAGCUACGCUAAUCCUGCAAAUGGCCGUAUUCAACAAAGAGGAAUAUAAAGAGAUGUGCCAGAGCGAGGAAUGCGUCAAAACAGCUGCACGGGUUAUAGAGUCGAUGGACAGAUCCUUUGAGCCUUGUGAUGACUUCUACAGAUUCGCCUGCGGUGGUUGGACUAAAAACAAUCCCAUACCGCAGAGUCAAACUUCGUGGGAUCAACUGAGUUUAUUGAGAGAAGAGCUCAUGAGAAACCUCAGAGUUUUGCUUGAGGAAGAUAACUCUCCAAAUGACCUGAGGCCGGUAAAAUUAGCCCGGGCACUCUACAGAACUUGCAUGGACACAGAAAGCGUUGAAGAACUGGGCCUCGAACCAAUAUUUGACGUUCUAUCUCGAUUGGGCUUACCCAGAGAACCUCCCCUGGGAAAUGACAUCGAACCUCUGAAUUUAGCCAAUUUAUCCGGAGUUGUCCAGAGAGUACUGGGGCUCAAUCUCUUUGUAAAUUUCUACAUAAACGAGGAUGUCAGAGACACGACAAGAAACCGAAUGACGAUGGAACAGGUUUCCCCUGGCUUUAGCGAAAGAUAUCUUUUGGAGCCUUCACGUUUCCAAUCGGAGUUGAAGGAAUAUAGAAAGUAUGUAACAUCGAUGAUGGAGUUGGCUGGCGCUGGCAACAAGAGUGCUGCAUUUGCUAACGAACUGAUAGGAUUCAGUACUGAAAUUGCGAAGAUUGUGACAACACCGGAACAAAGGAGAAGCGUAAAUCACUUAUUUCACGAUAUUACAGUCACCGAACUGCAGCGUCUGACGGAUCUGUAUGCUCAGCAGUGGAAUUGGACAACGUACUUGGGUGCUGUUUUCAAUAAUACAAAUGUUACAAUAAACAAUGACGUGGACCGGAUCAUUGUCAUGGACUUGGAGUACCUUCGAAAGCUGCCAGGCUUAUUGGCAAAUAUACCCCCAGCAACUUUAGCAAGGUACGCGUGGUGGGGUGUGUAUUCAACAGUUGCGCCACUGACGCUACAAAAAUUCCGUGAUCUUGGAUUCGAAUUUUCUCAAAAACUGUUUGGACUGAAGGAGAAGACUGCAAGAUGGAAAGGGUGUACUGGAAACGUGAAUUCUAAUUUUGGAAUGGCCCUCAGUUACUUAUAUAUACAACGACAUUUCAACGAACACUCCAGAGAGAAGGCAUUAGAAAUGCUCUCGGACAUUAAAGACGCAUUCGAUGAAAUGGUCGCGGAGCUGGACUGGAUGGAUGCAGGUACAAGAGCCACAGCCCACAAGAAAUUAGCAGCUAUAAGACCAUUUGUCGGCUUCCCGGAAUGGAUAACCAAUCCAGACCGUCUGAAUGAAUUUUAUAAUGGCGCUGAAGUGGUGGACAAGAGGCUUUUUGAGACGUUCUUGAAACUGACCAAUAUUGGCGUACGGAAGAGUUUAAAUAGUUUGAGAAAGGAGCCUGAUAAAAAUAGGUGGAUUUCAACCGGAACCACCGUGAACGCAUUUUAUAGCGCUAUCUUAAAUUCCGUCACAUUUCCUGCUGGCAUUUUGCAUCCACCAUUCUAUGGUAACGGAAUAGAAUCAAUUAAUUAUGGAGCGAUGGGAGCCAUAAUGGGUCACGAAUUGACGCACGGCUUUGACGACCAAGGUCGCAGAUACGACGAAAACGGAAAUCUGAGGCAAUGGUGGAGUAAUGAAACACUAAUCCACUACCACGAGAAGGUAGAAUGCAUAAUAAAACAAUACAGCAACUACCAUGUACCGGAAUUGGGCGAUCAUUAUACGGUUAACGGAUUGAAUACCCAAGGAGAGAAUAUAGCAGACAACGGCGGAAUAAGAGAAGCUUAUCGUGCUUAUAAACGUUUAACCAUGCGGAACCCGAGUCGUCAGCAAGCCCUGCCAGGAUUGACGGAGUACACCCAGGACCAAUUAUUCUUCCUGGGCUUCGCACAGGUUUGGUGUGGCAAUUAUACGACCGGCGCUCUGAAAUCAAAGCUGAUAGAAGGCGUCCAUGCGCCUAACCACUUCCGUGUCAUAGGCACACUUUCGAACAAUGCAGAAUUCGCAAGAGCAUGGCAUUGUCCGACUGAAAGUCCCAUGAAUCCACAUCAUAAGUGCAUAUUAUGGUAGCUUGCAGGUGAAGAAAUAUCCUAACAAAAUCAGCUCCGCAAGAACACUGAACAAUCAGGAUAUUAUACGAUAAAACCUAUUUCAGAGUUCAAUUUUGUUUCGCUUUUGUUUGUGAGGGGUUUUAUAAUGCACCUAGACGAAUCUAAUUUAGUGGUUCCAAGUGAAUGCAAAAUGUCGUUUCUAAUGGUGCACAGCGUUAUUGUGACUGAUAUGAUCUUGUUUUUUUCAUUUUCAAUAUAAAUUCGAGAAGCAGAAAUGAAUGUUUCUGAAAAAUUAUAUAUUUGGGUAAUUCUGUAAAAGUCGAGGACACUUCCCGGCCUCAUGGUUUUUAAUUCGUCCGCGAGGGGCUGUUCACCGAUAGUGAGUAAUUUCUCUGUGAGAUUUGCAUAAGAAGAUAAAGACUGCUGAGAGACGACGCCGCGACGCCAACGACGCCGAAGGUUGCCAAAGUUUUCAAUAGCGAUCGUGUCGUCUUGGAUACUUAUAUGGAGCCUUAUAGCUAGGGAGCUCGGUGCCAAAAUUUCUAUAUGAUUUGUUCAUCUGGCAGACAUUAUUAAUAUCAAAUUUUGUACCAUAAGAAACAUUAAGAACCGGGUCUGCCACCAUGACAGGCCUGCGUUGUCAAUUGACAGCGCUUGAAAAAUUAAAAAAAAAAGGGUAUGCUAAAUCAUUUGUUCGUGUCUGCCUCUUGGACUGAUGGUUAGAAUCAUCCUCAAACCGAUCAAAAUCCAGAGGCAGACAUCCAGACCCCUGAUUUUCCAAAUGCAGACCGUUUGAAUAUAAAUUUUUUUUAACUCUACGCUCGCGCCAAGCCACAAGUAAAAAAUUCUGCGUCUACAAAAUGUUAAUAAAAAUAAUUAAUGUUACAUACAAGCAACCGACAGGAACAAUUUUAAAAACAUAUUUCAAA